UAAUAAAAACUGUAAAAGAAACUAUCGUACAUCGGAUAAAACUAAAGUGCUCAGAAAAAUAUUUGAUGCAAAAAUAAAUCUACUACAUACAAUUGAAGAAGCAAAAUUAAUCUUUGAAUCACUUAAAAAACAAUACAACUUUGAUAAACUCUACGAAAUACUUGACAAUCUACAAGAUACCUCUGACAAAAAAGUGAAUGCCCGAACACACCACAACAAAAAGAAUACACACCACACCAUACUCCAAGCACAUCU